GAGUCAAGUCAGCUGAGGGAGGAACUCCGGCAACAGAAAGUCAACCAGGAAACCGACCCACCGCCCCGGUGAGACGGCCCAACGGCGGUAGUAACAAUAGCAAUCACACAUUAAUCAGUACGGGAUUUUAUAGUUGGUGUUCAGGUUGAUACAAAGCAGCGACAUGGCUUCCCUUUUCAAGAAGAAGACUGUCGAUGACAUAAUCAAGGAACAGUCAAAGGAGCUGCGUGGCACCCAGAGACAGAUCACCAGAGACAGAGCAGCGCUGGAGAAACAAGAGAAACAAAUGGAGGCAGAAAUCAAGAAAAUGGCCAAGAGUGGUAACAAGGAGGCGUGCAAGAUCCUCGCCAAGCAGUUAGUCCAGCUGAGGAAGCAGAAGAACCGCACAUACGCUGUCAGCUCCAAAGUCACCUCCAUGUCUACACAGACAAAGAUGAUGAACUCCCAAAUGAAGAUGGCUGGUGCCAUGUCCACCACAGCCAAGACAAUGCAAGCAGUGAAUAAAAAGAUGGACCCACAGAAGACCCUGAAGACAAUGCAGGACUUCCAGAAAGAGAACAUGAAGAUGGGCAUGACUGAGGACAUGAUCAAUGACACUUUGGAUGACAUCUUCGAUGAGUCUGGGGAUGAAGAGGAAUCUCAGGACAUUGUCAACCAGGUUCUGGAUGAGAUCGGCAUCGAGAUCUCAGGAAAGAUGGUGAGAGCUCCAGCUGCAGGAAAGAGUCUCCCUACCGCAUCCACCUCCAAACAAGCGACCAUCUCUGACGACGAGAUCGAGAGACAGCUCCGAGCUCUGGGAGUGGACUAAAUGUCUUCUUUGUAUUAAUGUUCGCAUUAUAAACCUGUGCGACAUUAAUACUGAUUGAUACAGACUCUUUUAGACACAUUGUUCAAAUGCUACAGGUGUAACAAAGGGUGCACACAAACACAACACACACACAUACAUUAAGACAUUUGAAGGCACACAGGCAGUCAAAUCAUAUUAACAUACAUAUUCACAUGUUCAGCAGGUCAUUAGGGCAGAACAUCUGAUCUAUUUAUGCGAAAAUAAUAUUUAUUAUGACACUGAAGUGGCCGCAGCCUGAAGGUGGACCAGUAAUAGAUUCUUGACCUAAAGAGCUCUGAACCACCUACACUGUUGUUUACCACCCAUCUCUGUCUUAAUAAGGGCUACAGUAAAUGUGACCUUGGAACUGUCUUUUUCCCAUCUGAUGUUCUGGCAAAACUUGAGCUAGUCAUAUAAUCUGUCAGCUUUUAUGUGACUGAAGAUGGAUGUUUUUUUUUUUUUCUCCAACAAGUUUUUAAUGAGUAAAACAUGGUAAUUAAAAAGUGCUUAGGGGUUGUCAGUAACCAGAUGGAACUUCUAUUUUUCUUGCUCUCACUACCUGCUGUCAUUGUUGCCACUGGUUCAUUUAACACCCAUCUGAUUCAGUUCCUCUGAGGCAAACUGUUUGUCUACUACUAAGUAAAUGUUUUCCAUUGUCAUGUGGGUAAAAUAUCCCAGGGGUUACUGUACCAUACGAGUGAAAGAGAAACAAAUUUCACUGUCAAAACACAAAUGAAGCAAGUGGUCAACUAGCUAAUUAUCAUGUUAUUUUUUUUAUAAUCCUUAGGUACGCUACAAUAGAUACUGGAGAUGAUAUAACUCAGACAAACAUAUGCAUGUGAAAUAUGUAACUUGACAUUGAUGCCUUCGGGCUAGGGUAAGGCCUUCACUUUUCUUCAGAAUAAUGCAUGAAAUGGCGAGAUGGCAUUUAAUUAGCGCCAUUAAAGCUAAAAAGAUUAGGUGAGAAAACUCAAUCAAACACAAAUUAGGACUAAUGAAAAGACGGGCAUAUCAAAGAGUUUUGAAUCAAUUGGUUGAUGCUACUAAGUAAUCAAAUGAGUUGUUUUUUUUCUUUGGAUUCUUGGUUGGUGUUUGCUAUCUGAUUGUGUAUCGUAUAUUGGACAUGGGAUUUCCAGUGAUUGUUGGACUACACUGGUCCUGCAGUCCCUCUUCUCUUUCAGCUGCUGUGCAGUUACUGUAAUUAGUUUUUUUUAAGCUGCCUCACUCACAGACAUAUACACACACACACACACACACACACACACACACACACACACACACACACACACACACACACACACACACACACACACUACAGCAACAAAGUGAUGGAAGUGAUGUUUGCUAAAAAAAAAAAACCACUGUGAUCCAAGAGACGUUUUCUCUUAUUCAGAGCUCUCAAGCUGAUUCUUCUACACAGUGAUUUAUUCAUGUCAGCCAGCUUCAUGAGAGUGACAGAGACAUAAUACUGAGUCUUUGUUUUUCUCUCUCUCUCUGGCCUUUUGUUCCCAUAUUGAUUCCCAUUGCCAAAACAAAUUGAAAAUGUUUUCAUUCUUGCAUGUAUCUGACAUGUUCAAUACUUACUUCAUGGGAUUUUUGUAAAUCAUUCUUUCCUCUUUUAACAGUCUAUUGUGAUUGUUAGCGGAAACAAUGUUUUAACAGAUUUUGACAUUGUUUGAGUGCAGUUCCAUUGUUAGGAUUUCCACACUUUAUACAAAGGUGUAUGUGUACUCCUCUUCUUUUCUUUAGUCAUUACAGUGACUCUGUAAAGGGUUAGUGGCUUUUAUAAGGAAUAAAGUUUCUUCAGGUAUA